CCUCGACCUUUUUGCUCAGAUAGCAGGAGGUGCCAAUUGUAUAUUGAGGUUAGGGUUCCUCUUGACACUUGACUCUUCCUGUCAAGCUCAACUAGACAUUUACACUUAAAAGAUUAAAUGCAUAGACAGAAGGUUGGUAGAGUACACGUAGAAGGUCAAGGAUAUGGUGCCUAAAUCCCUUUGGUUUGUUUUGACGAUAGCAACGCACUUGAUCAUCAAUGGUUGCAGCCGAGCCCAGGUCACGGGGCUCCUGGGCCACGAUGUCACCCUUCGGUUCACAUUUAACACCAACAUCACAAAUAGCAGCCAUUUUGCAGUUUAUUUAGUCGGCCAAAAAAAGGCAGAGUACUGUCCAUGGAAAGGUUGCGCGAAAAAACACGGAUUCGACAUUUACUCUGAAAAUUCUUUUGUAUUUUUCCAAAUUAUAAACCUCACGGAAGAGCACAAUGGCACAUACUCGGCCACUUUAUUCCCACAAAGCGGACCGCCCGAGGAAAGUAACAAAGUGCACCUGAUCGUUCAAGAAAAGAGCAACAAAACCGUUCCUCAUGAGCAGGAGCACAGAAAACCAACCGAAUAUCAGCCAAGCAUUUUUUCCACUACGACCAUCACUGUACUUGUGGUCUUACCUGUCAUCUCGUUGGCGGCAACAUUGGCCUGGUUCUUUAGGUGUUAUGUCCGAGCUCGAGUCAAUAAAGCAGAUGAAAACUCCUCUCCCUCAACACAGGUAGCAACCGUGUCAACGAAUAACAUGCUCCAGGCUGAAUUCGCUUACAGUGUGCUGGACUUUCCUAAAAAAGAAUUCACGGUGUUGACCGACGAGCCAAACAAUACCGACUAUGUCAAGGUUUAUCUCCCCCCUUAUACAAAAUGAAUGUACCGUAAUUUUCGGACUAUAAGUCGCGUUUUUUUUCAUAGUUUGGGUGGGGGGUUAGGGUUUCACUUUUUUGGGCAUUUUAUGGCUGGUGCGACUUAUAGUCCGAAAAUUACGGUAAGCAAAGCUUUGGAAAAUGUAUAAAUGUAUAUACGCUAUAUUUACAACUUCAUACAUGAUAAUGCUCAGGAGGUGUCUAUCGUUUCAUUUUUAUGAUUCUUUUUUUUAAUGUUGUUGAAACCCAGAAAUAAAGAUAGAAAUUGAAAGUG